CAGGGCUGGCAGUGCCAGUUCUGCACCUACCUGAACGUGACCCUGGGCCGGAUCUGCGAGAUGUGCGACCGGACCAACGCCACCCUGGCUGGGCACAGCCAUGGCCAGGCCGGGGUGAGCCCCCGUGCCCAGCAGCACAGGCCGGAGGAGCUUGUGGGAGUGGGGGAGUCGCUGGCGGCCGGAGGUGCUGGUGAGCUGGCGGACCAUGCUAGGCAGGAGGAGAUGCGGGCAGCCGGACUGCGCCUGGUGCAGAUGAUCCGCAUGGGCGAGGAGCAGCUGGUGAGCCCCGAGGAAGUGUGCUGUGCUCUCCGCAGCUCGGGCACAGAGGAGCCCCUGGCCUGGCUGCAGACGGAGCUGCCCCAGAUGCUGGACAGUAUCGCCGACCUGGCCUCCCAGAAAGGCCACACCAUGGCCCAGGACCAGGUGGGCCCUGUCUCCAGGGACGAGGCGCGUCAGGCCUGGCUACACGCUGCGGGGGACUUCGAGGAGGCUGUGGGAGAGUGCGUCAGGAGCCGGGCUCACAAGUUCCGGGAGAUCUGCGCCAUGGGCUUCUCCGACCAGCAGGAGGUGCUGCAAGCUCUCUACAUGAACAGGGGCGAUGUGGACAAGGCUGUCAUCGACCUGCAACGCCAACUCCUUGAACCGUUCCACACACACAUCUGGCAGGAGGACGAGGUGUCCAUUCAACUGGACCAUCCCAACAGAGAGGUCAGUGGGCAUGGGCUGGGUUCAGGGGGGUACGGGAAACCAGCCCGACGGAGAGGUUAG